AUGCCAGUUGUCUCAGUGAGAGGGGCCGCAAGGGUUGGAGGCCCAACAUUGCCGGUAGCGGGACGAGCCGCUGUAGGACCUUACGUUAAGGGCUCGACUGGGGAGGUGUACGAGCUAAUCGAGCAGCUGCAGUCUGCUUUGUUUGGGGGUGUCUAUAGGGCUAGGGGCUUGAAGUCUGGUAGGGACUAUGCAGUUAAAGUACUGCACAAGAGGGAGCUUGCCAAGAUGCAUAGGGAGGCUAGGGGUCAUCGAAAUGUCGAGUUGUGUGAGAUGCCGCUGUCGGAGGUCACAUAUGCGUCUAAAAUGAGGGAUAAUGAUCAUGUUCUUGAGCUGCUAGACCACUCGGAAGAUGACCAUUGCCAUUACCUGGCGUCACCCCUGGCACGAGGAGGGGAUCUGCUGGAGGCACUGAAGGAGGUCUCUAAUGCUACCGAGAGUGGGUUCCAGGAGAAGAUAGUGAAGUGUGUGGUGGCGGAGGCGGCCCAAGGCAUAGCCCAUCUACAUAGCCACGGUCUGGCCCUACAGGAUGUGUCACUGGAGAACAUGCUACUAUUUGUUGAUCCAGAAUCAGGCAACUAUACUGUUAAGAUAUGUGACCCAGGCCAGGCCACUGAGUUCACCAUAGACAAGCAUGGAAGGGAAGAACCAAUACACUUCAAAGGCCUCCUAGGGAAGUCUUUCCGGCCCCCUGAGCUGUACUCCAGAAGAGAUUACAUCGCCACAGCUGUUGACUCGUGGUGCCUCGGCUGGAGUAUAUUCUACCUACUCACUGCCAGAAGCCUCUUCCAGACGGCGGACCCUCGUAGUGGGGAUAAGGACUGGAUCGCCUUCUCCACUGGGGACGUGGAACAGCUCUUUAGGAGGAAGGGCGCCCGACACCUUUCUCGACAGGCCAAGGAUUUGAUACUCAAGCUCAUGCAGCUUGAUCCUCGGCAACGGUUGAGUGUGGAUCGAGUAUUGGACCAUCCUUGGUUCGUGGACAAGCCUAGCCCAGGUCGAUGGCCAGCACCCAGUCAUCUCGUCAUUGAGGAGCGGGAGAUGCUUGCCAAGAUACGUGCUCGGCUGGGCACGGCCAGUAGAGGGGCCAGUACGAAUGCUCCUAGCGACAGUGGCACAGUGGUGGAAGCAUCGGCUGAGACGGUUCGUGAGAGGACGGGUUCCACUACCUCGACCACUACAGAGUCCCAGAGGACAUCUCUACGUGGACCUCGUCUCGAGUCCAUUGAUAGUGUCAACCGGACCAGUAUAGGGUCUUCGAGGAGGUCAGCGAAGCAGGUGUCGGGGGCUCACAGGAUGGACUCUAGACCGAGCAUGGCCAGCGUCAGGAGCGCGAUUGCUUUGAACGCCUAUCACACUCGUCUAUCACGGAGCCCUUCCCCUCCCCCACAGAGAGUGCCCUUCUCAUCAAUACCCAAAUGGACGACUGUGGUCGAUACCAUGAACAUCGCCCAGCUUUAUAUCUAUCCAGGGCAGCCCUAUGGAGCAGAGAUGGCCGAGCCCUAUGCCGGGGCCAGGGAGGACGGCACUGUCCCCUCCGGUCUUGGGGAGAGGGCUGAGGCUGAGUAG